AUAAAACAGUUGGUGGCGCCGCCAAACGUCACAAAUCAGCGAUCAACACGACGGGUCAUAAAAGUGAAGUUUUUGAUAAAGCAUUUAAAAUUUGUAAGUGAUUGUUUAUCGUAGCGAAGAUUGCGGCGGUUGUAUUGUAAAACGCUUGGAUUGUUGUUUCAGUAGGUAUUAAGCUGUGUGGUAAAGAAACGAAUAAAAACGACGAUAUCGGAGUAUUACACCGGACUCGGCUCGAUAAUGGCAGCCAGUGAUAGUGCGGGAGAUGAUUCUUUGUAUCCCAUCGCUGUUCUAAUAGACGAAUUGAAAAACGAAGAUGUACAGCUGCGUCUCAACUCGAUCAAAAAGCUGUCGACGAUCGCGCUGGCGCUGGGCGUCGAACGCACCCGGCAAGAGUUGAUCCCCUUCCUCACGGAAACCAUCUACGACGAGGACGAGGUGCUGCUGGCGCUCGCCGAACAGCUGGGCACGUUCGUGACGCUGGUCGGCGGCCCCGACUACGCCUACUGCCUGCUGCCGCCGCUCGAGUCGCUCGCGACCGUCGAGGAGACCGUGGUGCGCGACAAGGCCGUCGAGAGCUUGAGGGCGCUGGCGGCGCAGCACAGCCCGGCCGACCUGGAGAACCACUUCGUGCCGCUGGUGCAGCGGUUGGCCACCGGGGACUGGUUCACUUCGAGGACUUCCGCGUGCGGUCUGUUUUCCGUCGCGUAUGCCCGCGUCACCGCGACAAGGGAGAAGGACGAUCUGAGGACCCUUUUCAGAGGUCUCUGCCAGGAUGACACGCCGAUGGUGCGCAGAGCGGCCGCCACAAAACUGGGCGAGUUGGCGCAAGCGGUAGAGUUGGAAUACUUGAAGAGCGAUCUGAUUCCGAUGUUCGUGCAUCUCGCCCAGGACGAGCAGGAUUCCGUCAGACUUUUGGCCGUCGAGGCCUGCGUCAGCAUCGCCACCCUACUUCAGCACGACGACGUCGAGCAACUAGUUAUGCCGACCUUAAGACAAUGCACAAGCGACACAUCUUGGCGCGUCCGCUUCAUGGUGGCGGAAAAGUUCACCGAGCUCCAGAAAGCCGUCGGUCCGGAAAUAACGCGCAGCGACCUGGUGCCCGCCUUCCAGAGCCUCCUGAAGGACACGGAGGCGGAGGUGCGCGCCGCCGCCGCCAACAAAGUGAAGGACUUCUGCCAGAACCUCGACAAGGCGCACCAAGAGAACAUCAUCAUGACCAACAUACUGCCGUGCGUCAAGGAGCUGGUCGCCGACCCGAACCAGCACGUCAAAAGCGCCCUGGCGUCCGUGAUCAUGGGUUUGAGUCCGAUUUUAGGUAGACACAACACUAUCGAGCACUUGCUGCCGUUGUUCCUGACGCAGUUGAAGGACGAGUGCUCGGAGGUCAGGUUGAACAUUAUCUCCAAUUUGGACUGCGUCAACGAGGUGAUCGGCAUCCAGCAGCUCUCGCAGUCGCUGCUGCCCGCGAUCGUGGAGCUGGCCGAGGAUUCAAAAUGGAGGGUCAGGUCCGCAAUCAUCGAGUACAUGCCGCUGCUGGCGGGUCAGCUGGGCCGCGACUUCUUCGACGAGAAGCUCAACUCGCUGUGCAUGACGUGGCUGAUGGACCACGUGUUCGCCAUCCGAGAGGCGGCGACGUUGAACCUGAGGAAGCUCGUCGACCAGUUCGGCGCCGAGUGGGCCGAGCAGACCGUCAUCCCGAAGGUGUUGGCCAUGUCGCGCGACCAGAACUACCUCUACCGCAUGACGUGCCUGUUCUGCGUGAACGUGCUGGCGGAGGCGUGCGGCGGGGAGAUCACGACGCGCCUGCUGCUGCCCACCGUGCUGGGCAUGGCCAACGACAAGGUCGCCAACGUGCGCUUCAACGUGGCCAAGACGCUGCAGAGGAUAGCGCCGCAGCUGGAUCAGUCGGUCAUACAGCCGCAAGUUAAGCCUGUGCUCGAUAAAUUGAUUAUUGAUGGUGACGUGGAUGUCAAAUAUUCCGCGACGGAAGCCGUCCUAGGAAUUGCGGCUUUAGGUUGAAAAUGAGACAAGAGAUGAUUUUCUACGCACGUUGUUAAACUAAGAAACAAGAUGCUGAAAAUUUUAUUAUACAUAUUAAUAUAAUUAAUCUCAUAGAUUGUAAUAUCACCCUUAACUGUUGUGCUCCCAUAUUAUUUAAAACAAAAAUGUGUAAAAUAGCAUCUAUAGAUUAGUAUUAAAAAAUGUUCAGUACUUGUGUCCUAAUAUUUUUUUGAUCGUUUUAUUUAUUAUUUUUUCAUUAAAUACGUUUUUGUUCUUAUGAUAUUACAAUAAUAGCAACCCUUCGAAAUUGUUUCAUUUUAUAUACUUGUUUUUGUAUUAUAAAUAGGUCUUAAAAAUAUAUUAGUUCUAAUAAGUUUCUUCAAUAAAACAAAACAA